GUUUUACGCGAGGAACAACCUGACAACUUUGGAAUUCCUGGCACGCAAUCGCUAAGAAAGGGUAGUAUUUCCCACCUUCUAGGGAUGCUGGAUGGCCCAGGUAUGAUGUUUUAUCAAUCUGGAAUGGCAGCUGAUCUUAACAUGUUCAGGAGCACCAACAGUGUACAUAAGGGCCAACUGGAAGAUAGGAGAUACACAGGAUCGAUACAUUCUUGGUGGGACGGGAGGAGAUCAGUUCGCGGGAAGAAUACUGGCAGGGAACGAUAGCACCACGGCCAAUUUUGGGGUUUUACCUCCGCAUUUCACACAGGAAGGGUUGAGACAGGUUAAACAGAUAGGCUGGGAGCGUUUCAUCGAUGGAUACGAGCAAUUUCCGAACGGUUUUAAGAAAUGUACCGAAUUCUUCCUUGCGAGCAUUCUGUAUCAUCUCCCUACCUUACAAGGAUGGUAUCCUGACAAUGAUCAUUUCAUAUGGGGGAUGCCUAUGUUUGGUAUUUUCGGUGCGGACACGAUAAGAAGACUCAUGUUGCUUCGAAAAGAGGUUGUCGUACCCGUGCACAGAUGUACAGAAUGUGGGAUGACCGCCAGUGGAACCCCGUCCAAGACUGACAUCUUGAGGGAAUUGGGAGAAAUCAGGCAGGAGAUGAGGGCACAUUUCACCGGUUCAGCACUUCCAUUCACUGUUGUUCGAAGUACAGAAAGGGAUGAUACGGUGGCAGGGCAGGCACAGGAACUAUUCUUGUCAAACAGCAACAGUGGUACAACAUGCAGUGGACAGUGUAGUGCCACGAACAGACCGAGGAUGCGGGGAAUUGAGACAGAUGCAGGUAUGGGCAGUGGUGGUGUAUUGGGCCAGGUGAUGGCAGGAAUCGAAGGUAUCGUCAAGAA